AUGAUCGACAUGUCGCCAAUCGCAUAUCCGGUGAAGGCGAAUUCGAAGGGUACUUGUGAUGUUUUCAUGCAAAUGUACUGUUACAUAAGUUAGUAGCUAGAACUCUUCUUGAUAAGUAGGAGAUACCCAGCACAAUGCUGCAACUGCAAUAUCAUGUGCAAUUAGCACUUGUGUGAAAGGUCUUUUGUAUCGGUAACUUUGAGUUGAGAUGAUGGUAGACUUUUGCUUUUCUACCGAUUUGGAAUUACGAUUCUUGGAGUUACAAUCCUAGGACUGCACCGUAAUUGUGUUUCAUGAUCAUGCAGGUGAGCUUCCUGAAGCGCAUGCACGGCGUGGGUCCCACGUUUUAGUUCGACAUCUGAAUACGUUGGCAAGCGCUGCGUUGAAGGGGUGUGAGGUAGUGGAAGAAACGAAGAGGAACUACUUGCGCAGCGUAUCACCCUUGCCGCUCGAGGAUCCAACCCCAGCACAGAAAACGGCGCAACUGCAACGAGCUUACGCUGACUUCGCGGAGGAGCAUCAUGAGCGCGCCCAGAGAGCUUCAGCGCAUCUACACGCCAAUUUUCGGCCCGACCGUUGUCCGCUUCAGCGGGACCGGGGCGAACUUGGAGAGGGGUCGCCUUCUAGAACCAGCCAAGCGACAGCACAGUCGCCGCCAGAUAAUGUCAUGCGGGAUUGGCGAUCGCAAAAUCGAUACUCGAUGGAUACGUACUUUAAAUUACGUUUUGAACAUCUUUCUUCCUCUAUAUGGCCUACGCGAAGUCUAAUUAAUGAUAAUCGUCCUUUUAGGGUUGAGUCAACCAAUUACACCACGACUGAUUUUUUCCCUCUCUUUAAUGCAGGCAUAAUCGGCAACAAAUGGAGCUUGCGAGGGAGUUGAAUCACGCACGGAAGUAUAGAGUAGUGAACGUGAAGCCCUAUAGAUCCUCGAAGGUUCGCUCACCUCGGAAUUCACCGCGUGCGGAAAAUAUUAACAGCAGGCCCGAUCUUCUAUUUCCCACGUGGAGAGACGCAGAGGAAGGCUGCAAGCCUAAAUUGCUGUUCGACCAUGCGAUUCCAGGGAAAGAUGACUUAGAUUUGAGUCCCUAUCAGCGCAUGCGAAAACGUAUUCUUUUCUAACAUGAUUGCACCAUAAUUUUAAUUUGUGAAACUAAUGCAUGGCUAUGGCUUCCGCAAAAUUUCUAGGGUCGUUGAGUAUCAAACUUUCCCACUGUUUGUCUCACAAAAAUGAACAGGUCAACACAGCUUGGCACCAAAGGUCACGGACCCGGUAGCGGGCGGAUCUCCGAGUGGUAGGUUUGCAGAAAAGCGAGCGAGAAGUGUGAUGGUUGAGCGUAAGCGGCUUGAUUUCGAGGAAAGCACCUUGGCUCGUGCCCCGCAACCAGGAUCAAAAUUGAGCACACUCGAUGCGCCACUAGAAGGCGUGGUGCGAUUGCUUUCCGAGGGGCCAGUUUUGAAUCCGGUUCGGAUGUAUCGGAGACCGAAUCCACUGGCAGAUGCCGAACCAGCGGAAAGGACAACUAAAGACAGCGAACUGAGUGCAGACGCGGCGCAGGUGUACGAGGACGCGGUGGAGGACCACGUUGGAAAAUUGAUUUUCGGUCGCAAAACUCUCUCUGACAUAGAGUUGAAAAAGUUCGAGGACCGCACGAAAGUAGGUGGAUCGUAUAUCUCUCAGCAUAUUGCCGCGAAAAGCACCGGAGAUAAUGCGAAGAGCAGUAUUGCGACUGGUCCAAAGAACGACGCACCGGCUACAUCUUCUACCAGUCAAGAGACUACUAGAGACGAACCGCCACUGCCCACUAUUCCCAGCUACAGCACCUCUUCGCCCCGCUUAAUGGCGUUGUCUUCAAGAAUCACAGACGGUUUUCGUGCGCGAGAUGAAGUGGGGCCCAAGCCGCGCCACACGAAGCACGUACCGCAAAGAAAGCUGCGCGGCCCAUCGGAAGAAGACGUAGUCUUGGCAAGACGAAUAUCCACGGAAAUCGCUCUUAAGGAAUCGGAG